GUGUUGUGGAGGAUGUGGUUGACAUAAUUUUAAAUUUGAAGCAAAUCCGAUUAAAACCUAUGGUAAUAACUGAAGGUUCUGAAGAGGAGAAGUUAUACGUUACAAUUUCCGGUAAAGAUAAGUUUGUGGCAGGUGAUAUAGAAACAAAUUCUAAUACUUUCAAGAUUAUGAAUCCUGAUUUGUAUAUUUGUACAUUAGAGCCUAAUAUUACUUUGGAGAUUGAGUUUACAGUUACUAAAGGUAGAGGUUAUGUACCUGCUGAUGAAAACCUCCCAAAAGAUGCUGCGAUAGGUGUUAUUCCUGUAGAUGCUAUUUAUACACCGAUCAAAAAGGUAGCUUAUAAAGUUGAGAAUACUAGGGUUGGACAGCGUACAGAUUAUGAAAAAUUGACAAUAGAUCUCAAAACAGAUGGUACAAUACAUCCAGAAGAAGCUAUUAAAGAAGCGUCAAGGAUCAUGAUACAACAUUUGAUGUUGAUUACAGAUGAAAAUAUAACCUUCAACGAUUCAUCAUCACGUGAAGAUAAUAUUGUGGAUGAGCAUAUUUUGCAUAUGCGUAAGUUAUUGAAGACCAAUUUAGAAGAUCUUGACCUUUCUGUAAGGGCUUAUAACUGUUUGAAGGCAGCUAAAAUAAACUCUUUAGGAGAAAUGGUUAGAUUUGAUAUGCACGAGUUGCUGAAGUUCAGGAACUUCGGUAAAAAGUCUUUGGUAGAAAUUGAAGAACUAUUACAAACGAAAGGACUUACUUUUGGUAUGGAUCUUUCUAAAUAUAAGCUUGACGAAGAAAAAAAGGGACAUAGAGAUGCAUUGUUGCUUAAUAUGUCAAAUUCUUUGAUUCUUCACAAAAGAAUCAAUACUACCUUAGCAAAGGCAAAGGCACUUAGAUUAUUUGUAGAGCCUGUAUUAACUAGAUCAAAGGAAAACACUACACAUUCAAGAAGAAUGGUUUUUGCAGAUUUACAAAGCAAAGAAGUAAUUAAUGAGCUGUUUGAUGUUGUGGCUCCAAAAAUAUUUGAUAGGCCAGGUGGGUAUUGUCGAAUUAUUAAAACUGGUUUUAGAAAAGGUGAUGGUGCUGAAACAGCUAUGAUUGAAUUAGUUGAUUUUAAUGAGGUGUUAAAAGCCAAAACUGGUACAUCUAAGGGUGGUACGCGUAGAAGUCGAAGAAAAUCAUCUGGUAAUGCAGGCGAGAGCGCGGGUGUGGUUGCUGCUGCGGCAGCUGUAGUUGCACCUAACAUAGUUGGUGAAAGUAAUUCUGAAGAAGAA